AUGACCCAAUUGGAAGGCUACGUGUCCGCAAAAGACUAUGCUGGGCUUGUUAGCGAAUGCGAAGCCCUUGAACUCUCCGGAGCAACAUGCAUCGAACAAUUGCAAGAAGUGUAUGCCCUGUGGUUAGCGGGUUAUGUAGCGAUCAAUGAUCUGGACUCGGCCCGAUUCUUGCGUAAACGAAUGAUCAAAGCGAAUGUGACGGAUGUCGCCGAAGCGAAUGUAGUGUGGAGUGUAUGUGUGACACUGUGGGAGCAAAAUUAUGCCGAAUUCUAUAAAGCCGCCCAUAAUGACGCGUGGUCUCCGUCUCUGCAGGUUGUAAUUAAUGAUAUUGAAGAAAUGACUCGAGAACGAAUGAUCAAUACAGUAGCCAAAGCGUAUACCUGCAUUCCUAUGAGCGAUGCAGAGAACUAUAUUGGAUUACGGGACAUGGAGCUGAUUCAGGGUAAUGCUACAAUGCGAUACGAACGAUAUGACAUUCUAUGGUACAAGAGAUUAACACGAGAGAUGGUGGAUCUCAUAGCUUUGGUCGGCCGAGGAUGGUCCUACGAUCCAGCAACACAGCGAUUUGUUCCACAAAAAGAAGUCGUGGCGAUCCGAGACCCUUCCAAUAUAUCUCAUUUAUCCACCUUGUCUGACAUGGUGAUGCACCUUGAAAACUUUUAA